AGAAAAAUCGAAUAAAUUUGGUAAAUGCAGUUUCGCAUAUCUCAAAGAAAGAGUCAAAGUCUAAGAUUCUAUACAUAGCAAUCGGUAUACAAAUUGAUUUCACGGAACUUUAUAAUCAAACUUUGGUGGAUAUUUCACGUCGCUGUCAAACAUCGUUUUUCUUUAACUGUUAUCCUGUUUCCGGUCAAUACAAAGCUGUGCAUGUUUCAUUCGAUCUUUGAUACAUCAGAUUCGUGGAAACGUGCGAAGUAUUUAUGGACGAAAGUUGAACUAACAUCGCUCGAUACUAAAUUAAAUGCAACAUACGAUAUCUCAUCUCAAUUUUAGUUUUGCCUGGAAGGGAAAAAUCGCAGAUAGUGUGUUCUGUACUUACUAUCGCUUAAAUCGCUUACUAUCGAGAUUUACUAUUGCUAUUGCCGCAUAAAACUCCGAUGUUGACGUUGAAUAUUACAGAAACGCAGUGCUAACGAAGUGCAAUUAAUAAAACGUUUAUCGCUCGUGCAACACUGACUAUCAUUCGGUAACUGGAUUUAUCAUUCGCGAACGAGAAAGGUCGAGCACCUAUCAAUGUCUCUAUCGUCUACGGAUAUCCCGCCCCGUUUUAUCGAACAUUAUCUUAAUUGACGCAAAAGGAAGUUUUGUAAAAGUCAGCUAAUGACGUCUGGCAUUUAUAUUGAGUACUAUGCGUACAAAAAUGCCUUCGCGAUACGUUUGUAUAUUAUUCCUCCGUAGCUCUGUAUUCGUUUAAAAAUAAAGCUGAACCCUAAAUCUCUAGACAUUCCUUACAUACCUCAAAGAAGAAGCAACAAUGACUAUGUACAAUGAAACCAAAUGUGAGUACAACAAAGGCCGGUGAAACACAAAAGAAAAUAAAAGCGAAGAAGACUGUUAAGGAAACGUAACUAAAUAUCCGAGUGUUAGAAUUUUCAGAAUGUUCUCUAGUCUGACCCUACUUACAAUAAAAACGAUAUACUUGACUAUAAAUAUUCAAAGAAAGGCCAAAGCUGAUGCUGGUUUCUUUCAAUAUCGUUAGAGGAAUAACACUUACUCAUAUAUUCAUCGUCACAUCGCUAAUCAUUAAUUAUACUUAAAAAAAAAAAAAAAACGUUGAACGUUUCGCAAUUGCAAUGUAAUUUCUAAGAACUAGUAAUGCAUCGAAGGUUUAAUCGAUGAAACUUGAAGAAAUUACGCGAGCCGAUACAGAGAAUUCGUUCGUAUAGUUAUAGUCGUAGUUGUUUUAUUUUAUUUCCCCCACGCUCGACUCACCACUACACCGUAUACCUCUGUAUAAACCGGUUGUAGUACAUAUAUACGGAGACGGUGCGUAAACAGAGGAGCGUUACGAAAAUAAUGUAGGAGUGCGGCUCGUGCCGGGCUUCUUUUCCUUGGCACGAUGAAAACGUUUCUGGCGCCUGACAGUAAACGAAUUCCAAGGAAGGGGCAGAUGUAACGUAGUAUCAUAAGCGCGCGAUUCUCUUCAGUUUACUUAAUGGUUCAAACAUUCAACUACGUGCAAGCCUGUUAACUCUAAUAAUCCCAUUCUUCCGAUAAUACCAAGUCCAUCGUUCAGUUUUAAGUGUAUUUAAAAAGGUAAUGAGCAAACACGAUUAAAGUUAUUCAAGACGAAGGAAACUUCGACCUUCUGUGGAGUGAAGUGGUAUUGCUGAUAUAAAUAACAUUGUUUUAUUACAAUCUGCGAAUGUUAAUUUUAAGAGGCGCACGAACGAAAGCCAUUAAACAAGUUAUGUAUCGUGCGAGCAAUCUCGUUGAAUCAUGAAAGAUCCAAGUUAUGUGCGUUACACGCUUAUGCAAUAUCACGUAACGCCUUCACCCUGAACUCGCGCACACUGAAUGAAAUUAUUGUACGAUAAAAGCUUCCUGCGAAUGAAUAGAAAUCGGAAGCAACAGACUAGACGCGUGUGUUCUAUCAGUUUGAUGUUUCCACGGCUUCAUCCCUCGGCUUCUCACGCCAGGCUUUUAAAAUACGGCAUUAUCUCUGAACUAGCCAUUACAUGUUACGUACACACGUUCGUAAAUACAAGGUAAACGUUUGCACUUUGAUAAGUGGAACAUGGUGAAAAAAUAUUUGCACAGCCGACGAAUACCGGUGUUACUUGGAUUUGGAGCAUAGGCGAUUACACAGAGAAUGGCCAGCGAGAAUUUCUUCACGCCCCAGAUUAAUCGACAAGUGACAGUGGUUCAAUUACCGCUUGUGGAUCGGUAAUUACAUAACUUCCGGUGAAGGAUGAGUUGAGCAGGCGCGACAUUGACCGCUCAAUCGCUUAAUACGUUAGCCGGUCUCCUCAAGAAGAAUGGAAAUAAAUGAGGGUCAUGACCCGUAUUGAGCGAGAGUAAUGGAAGAGAUCUCGCGAUUCUUUCAGCCUUCAAUUCCAACUAUUUCGCAGUUUAUUCGUUGUAGACGCUGGUACCUCAUAAACUCAUAGACACACAGUUCUAAUUUGGUUAUUUCUGCGUAGAAAAAUCUAUGAUUCGUUAGCAAGUUAUUGCGAAGUUUACGGGCCUUGUGAAAUUUGGAAUUUUUUCUCGAAAAGUUAUUAUAUAAAUAUUUACAAGUUGUAGGACCUUUAAUCGUCUAUAGUCUACGUCAACGAUGCUACGCGUUUGUGUUUCGUUAACAAGUACGGUCGAUAUCACGUGGAUAUUUAUAAACCAAACACUUCCAAACAAUAGAAUAAAAUACCUCGAUAAACCAUGACGCGAUUAUCUGCGAAAAGAACGCGAAGCUGAGGUAUCGGUCACGACGAAGAUAUCCGCGAAGGACGGCAAUUACAUUUCCUCGCGCCUAACAAGCGUAAUAUCCAAAGCGGCUAUUUUCUAUACUCGUGUAAAGCCCAAUCCCCUCCAGCGAGAAGGUCAGAAGUCAGGAAAAAAGGAGCAGGAAGGGGGAGAGAAGCAGAUAAAGUGCUUGAUGGUGGGUGACAAGCUAAUAUCGAGGAUGGUAAGGUGGCCGAAGGGACCGACUAGGAGGCAAUAUCUUGUAAUGGAUGUGAUGUUUCUCGGCAAACUCAUUCCAUGGAAGGUUGUGCAUUUGCCUAACCAUUUCUCUACCACGCUUCUGAUUCCCUUGACCUCGAAAAUCCCUCCGGAGAUCUACAAUCAGGGUCGUGCGAGUCCUUGCCGUUUUUCCUCUUUUACAUUCUUACUUAACGUCUUAUCGUACGUUGCUCGCACGACGCAGCUAUCAAUUAGCAAAUCGUGCACUCGUCACGCUUGCCACUUGCUACGAUACGUUUAUCUGGCUAUGUGUUUUACUUUCUAGGAAUGUGCGCUCACGAAACAAGUCACAAGCGAAACGCACGGAAUGUAAUGCUCGUGGGUCAGCACGCAUGAGCGGUACGUAAACGCACGGGGAAGACAAACAGAAGCAGGACCGAUGGCGAAGAGAAGGAGGAAGGGAGACAGAGGAGCGUUCAGAUGAAGAGAGCAAUAGGAAACGAGAGAGAUGAGGUUUGCCGUUACACGUGUGAAAAUAUAUCAGAUUCAUUGUAUAUCUGGCAAUGAACCUGUCAUAGAAAGAGAAAGGCGUCCAUCUACAUGAUUUACCAGAUCCAGUUUCGUACCUGAUCUGGAAGACGUACAAAACCAGGAGCAGUGGAAAAGAUGCGAGUUACAGCUUUUCUCCCGCUUCCUAACUAUAUAAGAAAGUUGAUGGCAGUGAUAGACCGCAGACUAUCUUUGCGCGUGGUUAUACUUACAAUUUCUUUCUCGCACUCCGAAACGUGCAAAAAAGAUCAAAUGAAGAAACUGAUCGUAUUCGUGUCGAUGGUUGUGGUUGUCGCUGCGUAUAAGAAAGGAAGAAGAUACAGUGCCUUGGAAGAGUUUCCGCCUUAUCAAGAGACUGGUUGGCAUCCAUCUUCUUCUCGCGGGCAACAUCAUUCAUUUCGAGAGCCAUCGUUUAAAACGCAAUACUACCAAUCUUACCGACAUCGACCCUAUAGACAGGAUUUGGAUUCUUUUCCGGAGCAACUGUCUCUCAAGGACCGAUUGCUGUUGCGAGAUUACGAAUUAUUGAGAAAUCGACUAUUUUACGAUAACAGUUCGUCUUUUAAGAAUGCUCCGGACUUCCAUAGACAAUCUUCGAUCUUUAUGAAUGGAACACCGUUCAGAAAUCAACAAAACAAAGAUCAGACGGUUUCUGGAAAUGAACAGCGACCUGAAUAUCAAGACGAUCGAUAUUCCUCUUACCGGCAACCUUUCCGCGACGAUUUUCGAUUUGCCGACCUGUACGAUAAACCAAUUGACUUUUACAAAGGACAAUCAGGACAGCAACAGGUCGAUUCAGUUGGUAGAGAUUCGGAGUAUUUGAAGCAUGGUAACCAUGGUCUUGGAUAUGUGUCUGUGCCACCCAUUUCGCCGUAUGGAAACGCUCUGCCAUUGAGCGAGGAAGCAUCCACGACGAUGACACCCUCAAUGGCUCCGACAACCACCCACAAACCAUGGCAACUGUCUACUGUCUCCUCCGCAACUUCAGCUACCACCCAAGUUCAUACAUCUACAACUUCCGAGCUGAAAAUGGAUUCGCACUCGAAUACGGUGACAAUGCCAACCGUGAAAUCCGAUACGCUGGCUGAUGCUGCUACCACGAGCGUAUCCGCUUCAACGAUUUCUACGAUACCAGCCUCUAUGGUUACCACGAAACAGUCUUCAAACUUGGCUCGUUUACCGACCACUGAAGCUAGCUUACCUGUCAUGGACACGGAAUCUCCAAUCAUAUCUUUCGGACGACAAACCGUACCUCCGAUUGUAUUUCAACCGACUACCUUCACUUCACCGACGCCCUAUUAUCUCUCCAAUGAGUUAAAGGACAAGUUCCAGCAGUCCGUGCUUGAUUAUCUGCUAUCCCAACAGGAGAAAGAUGGUAUCAAAAGCAACGUGCAAAUUCUGCCGCUGAACCAAGCACUUCCAGAUACGUCGAACAACAGCCUAAACAACAAGAUCCCUAGCAUGGUACUGAAUUACAUACUUCCAGAAAACUCAAAGGGCGUUCUGAAGAACAAUUUGCAGAGUUCUCUGUUGAGCUAUCUGCUGCAGCAGGAAUCGAACCAUGGUCUACCUUUCCAACAAUCAUCUCUAUCGGAAACUGCGAAUCAUGUUCCAUUAACCACGAUAGUGGAGAGGCCAACGAUGACACUCCCAAGUAUACCGAUUGCAACUUUGUCAGCGGUUUCUCGGCCAGUGCAGACGAUAAACUACAUUCCAAUAACACCGCCAAGAGUGUCUGCUUUCGUGCCUCAAGAUUCGUCCACAUCUUCUGGCCUCUCGUUAGGUACACCUCUGUCUUCUGGCUUGUCCGCGAACAUAUUGAGUAAUCAUAUCGGCAGCACAUUCAACAGUCUACCUGGUGGAAUAAACACCGACAUAUCGGCAGGAAUACCCAACAGCCUCUCAUCGAACGUUCCCACUGGUGUGUCAACUUUGAACUUUGGCGAAAAUGUCCAAUAUGGAGGGCAGUUGCGACCGUUUGAACCGGCGAGGACUCACUCAUAUUCCACAGGGUUGCAGUUACAAUUAGGCGGCUUCGGAGGGAUAGAUUACACCUUGCGUUCAACUAGUCCUACUUUACGUUCCACGAACCUCGACAUUGGAAAAUUGGGAUUAAGUUUGCCAGAAUUGCCGCGAUAUCAACUUCCUGCUUUCUCUAAGGUAAAAUUGGGUCAACGCUUGUGGUGAACGUAGAAGCUAACUGGACCAAUCGGUACAAAACCACGUGUUUAUUUAUAGCGUUACAAAAUAUUCUAGCAAGUUGCCAAAGUUUAAGAAACUCUAGGUUACGUCGAGAAAUAUUUCAUAGUGUUAUUCCGUAAAUAUUAUCUCUAUAUAAUUUAAUUUACUAUUAUAAUAGAAAUAAAUAUUUGUUAAUAGAAAUAGUAAGAUUAUCAGCGUUUCUUCUGAAUCGAUUUCCGUCAACUUCAUCCGUCCAAUUUGAUUAAUCCUGUUUAAUCCAUUGCCUAUACGUAUAAUCCUUUUUAUCAUCAUUCAAUAUUGACUCUGACAUAAUACUAUUAACACAUCGUGCGUUAUCUGGGUUAUUGACAUUAUUCGAUCCAUCGUACUUUUUCAGGCAGGCUAUUUCAGAGAUCACCGGCCCAUAUCUUUCUUCUUACCACUAUAGGAAGCAUUCACUGUUUGAGGGAUAUUCGUAAAAGUCAGCCCCGAACCGAUUUCGUUGUAGAUUCAAUUUGGCCAACGUUCGUACUCACUGGCCCAUGGACCAUUCUCACCGUGAAUUGCACUGAUUCGAACAAAUACCACGAGGACAGCCGACUUUUCGUCUUCUAUCGAUCUCUAAAAAUCUGCAGAGGCAAGUGUUUUCUACACUGCAAAGAUACGAAAAUGAAUUUAAUAUCUUGCCACUUACCUUCCGCUAUAUUCUUCCUCCGUAAAGCUAGAACUUGUAAAAUGAAAACUCGUCUUCAAUUUAUACUAUAUUUUAUUAAUUUCGACAAGUGUCCAUGUAUUCGAUUUGUCUUAUCUCUGAUUAAUCGUGUAUGUAUGUGUCCCAUGUGUUCCAUUCGCGUGUGAAUAUGUAUAGGUAUUGCCAUCGGUACAUACAGCGUUCUGAAUAUUCAUUUCUUUUCCAUUUGAUUCGUUAUGCUUAUAGUUAGUCUCGGCAAAUUAAAGAUUUAUCUCUUACAUCUAUGCCCUGUAUAGACCAUUCGUAAUAAUUAUUAAGAAAGUCAUAGGAAAAAUGUAGUUCUCUCUCACCAAAGCGACACGUUUUUCGAUGGACAGUUAGAAGACAUUCCACUUGACUUAUAUUCGUUUUGCGUUUAUUCUUAGUGUCUCGCGCCUCGAGGAAGUUGAAACUGGCCUGCUACGAGUUCUCGAGAAUUUCCGUGAUUCAAGUUCAAUUAGAAUCCCUGGAAACGUUAUCGAUCCUUUUGCAGUCAGUUCGUAUACGCUCGCGUUCUUUGUCUAUUAGAUAUAUAUUUACAUAGAUGCACAGCGCUAUCCUCAUGUUCUCUUGGUACAAUACAGAUACACUAUGUCGCGUACGUAUAUCAUGUAUAAUACAUACACAUUUAUAUACAGAGAAGGGAAUGUAUCGGGUUAGAAAAAUACAGCGAUCUUAGCAGGAUUGUAAGAAACUUUAUAAUGCAUUUCCAAGUGCGUUGCGUUAAAAGAAAAUGCUAGGCUUGUUGAUUUUCGUUCAGCGUGGAAAUACAGUUCGAGUUUCUGCCUGUUGUCGUGGUUAAUCGCAAAGUGAUUAAGGAAAAAGCUUUGGUCGGUGCUCCUUCUCGAAGAUAAUUUUCUCGCGAAUGAAAAAAAAUCUGCGACUGGUUUACAGGUAUUCGGAGAUCGCUGAUCCAAAGUUUCGCUGUUAUACUGUCGUUAACGACCGAGAGCGAAGGACGGGAACUUUGCCAAUUAAUAAUCUACCGUUGUGUGCGGAAGCACCUUUUAUCUUGCGGUGGCGUAAAAUGGCACGUGGCACGAUCUGUCGCGAAUCGGCACUCGUUUAAAUUUCACCGGCCCCAAUAACUAGGUGAAAAGUUCGUUACGCCAUUAUGAAAGGGCAUAAAGUUCUCAGUCUGUUGGCGAGGAUUCUCUAUAACGAAACGGAUGUACGUAGCUACCGGUUUAAGAGAUUUAAGUUUGAGGUACGUGAAUUAAGAGGUUCGUGCGAAAAUGAAGCGGUAUAAUAUUUUAACCCUGUAUUUCACUCACUAAUCCGAUGCAAACUUCGUUUCUCUCGGUCGAUUACGAUCAGUUCGACGAAUAACGAAAACGUUGGAAGAUAAAACACUUGAUUUGCGAACGAUUCGUUCGGUAGGAUAAAUUAUUAUCGAAGAAUUGUAUAAUAUCUCGAAACAGGUUACCAGGUAAAAUGUACGUAACAAAACCUAGCUUUAUCACAAUUCAUCGACAAGAGUUUCCCUAAAUGUUUGCCUAGCAUUUAGCGAUACACACUAUCUUUACUCUUAGUGUUUAGUAAUUGCAGUGUUUCUAGGUUUUAGCAGGCGAUCGAGUACGUAGGGAUACGUAUCGCCUUACAACCGAUUGCACAGUUCGAAUAAUUCGUUACUAAUUUCUACUAAUUAUGUACAAAUAUACAUUGGAAGUUUAAAGUUACGUGAUACGACGUAUUCGUAGAACUCAUAGAGUAAAAAGCUCUGAUUGUAGACGUUAUUGCAGGAUCGCGGGUCCCGCGAAACAAGUGUUUUUUACGAUAACGUUUUACGUUCGCUAGUAUUUGGUAUCUUCCGUUUCGCGUAGCCCAUUUAACACACAUACACAUGCUCGAUAAGCGUGUCUCGGAUGCCAGUAUACGGUUAGAUAUCAUGCUUCGUACUUGUAUUGAUAUGUUUGAAAAUUCGGACGCCGGGAACUUUAAAAACGUUUGCGGAAAUGGAACACGAAGCGAAGCCGAUGCAGGUGUUUCUGCAUGCAUCGACUGUGUUUCGUUAUUUCUUCGAUUCUAUCGAACGCGUCAUGAGCAUACAAUGGCCAUCUUUACGAGGAAUUCCUUUGGGCUCUCAAAGCCAGGGGAGAGGCAAAAACAAGCGGACGCCUUCCGCUAUCGAUUUUCGUUUCCGUAGAGUCGAGCGCGAACGUUCCGCGCGCUUAACACACCGAAGAUAAUACAUAAACUUUUUAUUAGAAUUGGAACAAAUGACGUCGUAACGUGAAAAUGUUCGACAGAAAAAAGAACAUGUGCGAAUAAUUUCAACGUGUUUCAAACAAUUCACUUUGAAGAAACGCUAGAGGGAAUCGAAGGAAAGCGACUGCAACAAGAAACGAAUCUUCGAGAACCUCUCGUGAGCGGAAUAUCAUAUAAACUUUAAAUCCUGCAACUGAGUAUCUAGUUGGAUAUGUAAAUAGUUCAACAAUAUGGUAAUUCUCUCGUCGAAGUGUUAAAUGAUAAAAUAGAUGCGAAAGUAGAGAUGGUACGGUAUGCAUCGAACACGUUCGACAGACUUACUCGAAUUCUUUUCCCUUUCUGCACGAAUGAAUUUUGGAGAAUCGAAAAACACGAUCCCAAAGCUUGCACAACCAUCGUCCUCUUCGUGGAUUUAUAAAAUUCGCGUAUAAUUCAUGACUCGCGAUGCAAGAAUUUCGGAAGCUUGUUCUUCGAUUUUCCCGCAUGCUAGAAGGACAAACGAAACGGCGCGACGGAAGAAUUUCGAAACGAUACGAAGGAGACAGUACUUCGUUCGAAUAAUCGUACAUAGUACAAAGACGUUCGAUUAGACGCGCAGGUGUACAGAACGCGUAAGUUUGUCGUGGAACUGACAAUUCGGUUCCUUUGCAUUGAGCCAAAAAAUAUUGCUACACCUUAGGAGCUACGAUAAUACUGUCACGGUAUAUUUAAUAUCCGACAAAGUACAUAUACGUAUAAUGUGUUUUCGCUCAAACACGCAUUCCAUUGAUUUUACGUUUUGACCUGAUGUUUAUCGUCUUAAUAUAUCUCUACUGAAAUUCCCUUCUUUCCUUUUUGUGCUUCUGUUAUUUAUGCAACUAGAUUACUUGAAAUGGUAGGAUAACGCGAAUUUGAACGCGUUCAACGCAUAAACCACGUCGUUGUGUUUCUAACACCUUGACGCUCGUUUCCGAUUACUUCGUGUAUCAUUUAUUCGACUACUUAUCGUUAGCUUAAAUAUUUAUUUGGUAAUUCAGCUCUAACAUCGAUGCACGUUGCCUCCGCUGUGAUAUUGCCGGGAUAUCGACCAAUGAAAUCGCACGAUAGUUGGGUGUGAGAGUGCUGAGAAUACUAACGAUGAUCCGCACUUCCGAUAAACAACGAGUAAAAAGUACGCGAUGUAAUUCCGUUCUCACUCGUAAAAAGCUUCGAUUUAGUUUCGUUACGUUGCAAUUUGUGACGGCGCGGCUAAUGUUUCUCAAGUCCGUCGCGAAAUUUAAACACGAUUCAGUAGAAUGAGCCACAGGAAGUUAUUGGUUUUCAAAC